UACGCAGCAGCCAGAAGCCGCCAUGGAAUAUCUUUUCCCAGUAUUUUUACUAACCACUGUAACUGGUGCUGUGGUGUAUCCCUUCCAAGAUGGCUUGUACCAGCCUCCACCUCUUUUAGAAGCUCGUCAGGCUGGUCCGGCUAUCUCCACUUACUACUUCUCUCGAGGACGUCCAUCCAACCACGGAGCUCCUCAACCAAACGUCCAGCUAAUCCCUUCAUUCGCUCAAGAAGCGUCACUAAAUUCCCCAGAACUAUCCUUCGUACGCAAACAACCACCAACUGCUCAAUCGGUAUUGAAUGCUCAACCAUCCUUCGUGAAUGAUCAAAUGCCAAUUGCAAUUGGUCAACCAUCAAUUUUGAAUGUUCAACCAUCAUUUGUGAAAAACCAACCGUCAAUUUUGAAUAGUCAACCUUCAUUUGGGAAUACUCAACAAUCAAUUUUCGAUAGUCAGACAUCAUUUGAGAAUGUACAACCAUCAAUUUUCAAUACUCAAUCAUUUACUAGAAAUCAGCCCUUCGGAAAAGACCACCCUUCAAAUGUAAAGUAUGAACCAACACAUUUAGAUACUCAACCUCAACCUUUUUACAACCAACCAUCACACUUAUAUUCACAGCCAUCAUUUGUGUUUACUUUACCCACUAUGGAGUAUUAUCUACCUUUUGAGGACUCUCCAGAAUCCUCAGAUUUUUCCAAGCGGUCCUCCUUCCCUUCCCAGGAAGAAUAG